AUGAGGCUCAGAUUAGUAAGGACCUACGAAGUACCGGAAAAAAGAGGAGGAAAUUUGAUGAGAAGUAAAGAGUGUCUGUUUCACGAUGAUAAGGGAACUUAUAUCCAUGCCAACAUUUCAAAGGAAGAAGUUGAAAAAUAUUCCAAAGUAUUUGAAGAGGGGAAGUCGUUUGAAUCAUUGAGGAAUCCUGUUGAAGUCAAUGAAACUGAGCUAUUUGAUGUCAUAGGUCGAGUGGUUGAAAUUUAUUCUCCACUACAGAAGCUAAUUGCUGGAAAAGCAACCACUCUAAUCGACUUCGUGAUUGCUGAUACCCAGGACAAUCAUUUGAAAUGCACGGUAUGGGACAAGCAUGUUGUUGGUAUUCAUCAAUUCUACAACAUAGAUGUGAAAGAACCUAUUAUUGUUGCCAUUCAACUGUGUAGGGCUAAGAUUGUAAAUGGUGAAGUGAGGAUUACUAGCUCCUAUGAUGCCACAAAACUGUGUAUUAAUCACAGUUUUGCUGAGUUUGCUGAAUUUAGGUCCAAACUUGAUGCUGACAAUAGUCCACAUCGUAGUAUUACUACUACAACUGUUCUAUCUGAAUCUACUAGCUUAGGUGAUUUCCAAAGUGGUUCUAUAACCAUCACCACUUUAUAUGAUUUGCUGAUGAAAGAGGAGGAUGGUGAGUUCUAUGUCCCUACUGAGAUUGUUGGUAUUCAAGGUUCCCGUAUAGGUGAUUGGUAUUACACCUCAUGCAUGUCACAAGGUUGCAAUAAGAAGUUAAGCGUGAUGAGAGACAAAGGUCUCCUAAUUUGUGGCAAGUGCAACAAAAAGUGGGAAGAAGGAUGUGUUCGAUAUAAAGUGGUUGUGAGAGUGGUGGAUAAAAGAGAUGAUGCUCCCUUUUUACUCUGGGAUAGAGAGUGUGCAGAUUUGGUUGGGGUCCCAGCAAGCUUACUGUUUGAAAAGUAUCUCAAGGUGGACAUUGACAUUCCACCAGAGUUGGAAUCACUGAUAGGAAUGUCAAUGAUAUUCAAAGUGUCACUAAAAAGAAACCAAAUGUGUGGACCUACUUCAGCAUAUAAUGUGAUGAGAGUUAUAAGGGAUGAGGCUUUAGUUGAUGCAUACUGUUCUAGGCUCAAUGAUACCCAAGAGAAGGAUCUCAUUUCAAGAAUGAUUGAAGAAGAUGAUGAUGACAGUUCUGACUCUAAUCAGGAAGGAUCUAAAGGUGAUGAAGUAAACAACCCAGUGAAUGCAUCUCAAGAGAAGUGA